AGUGGCCACCCAUGUUUCCAACAUCUAACCAAGCUAGCAUAGUUACUGACCACUCAUGCAUGCAAGAUACACCGCCGAAGUCAUGUCUGCUCCCUCCAUCUGCUUCGUCUCCUCGCCGACGCAAGGUUUCAGCUUCAGCUACACCUUCAUCCCGCUCUCCACGUACGAAGCCGCCUGGGGCCCCCAUAACCCACGCCACAUCCAGCGGGCGAUCGGCAUGCUACGCGAGCUCGCCACCUUCGAGUCAACCUUCCGCGAAAGCGCUAUGCACUGCACGGCGGACGAGCUACGGGUACUCGACCAGCUCGAGGCAUGCGUCACCGAUCCGCGCGCGUUCUGGAAGCCGCACCGCCGGCGGCCACAUAUCCCCUGGACGUUGUCGCCCACCCAAUGCAGAGGAGGAGGCGCAGGAGACAUGGAUAUCCACGUGGUGGGAGCGAGAGCGCGCGGCGCGCGAGGGGCGCACGAUUGCAUACAAGAAGUUCUACAGCCAGAGCGCAAGGGGCCAGAUGCUGGUGACAUACAUCGGCGGACUCGUCGCGGAGGGCAGCAAUGCGGGGCCGCACGACUACGUUGAUGCCGCGAACAUAUUCUUCGACUACGCGCGCACGGACGUGUUCGCGGCGGAGCACGGCGGGCUCGAUGCGUUCGAGUAUGGCACUUUGGAUGCGGUGCGCCGUGCGGUGUUGUGGUGGUGCCGAGAGCGUAAGCUCGCGGAGAUUCGGAGCACCCUUGCAGCGGGCACGACACAUAAGUCGCAUCCGCGCAGAGGGCAGCUUAGGAUAAAUCACAACAGCAUCAUCGUUCUUCAGCAGCAGAAGCAGGCCCUUGCCAAGGUUAUGUAG